UACUUUGUUAAUCUCUAUAUAUAUCCCAGCCAAUUUGCCAUCAUCUGAACCAAUUAAGAAACCUCAAGACUCUUGCAACGCAUUGCUUAUUCAUACAUCAAAAUCAAUUUUGGUUUAUCAUUCUUGGCCAGAAGAAGGAACCAACAUGGGAGCCAACUUACUUAAUUUUGUGUAUGUUGAUAGAUCUUCAGAGCCAUCCCACAUCCUUACCUUCCAUUCCACUGCUAAAUGGAAUGCUCAUUUUAAUGCCAACAAAAAAACUGACAAGCUGAUGGUGAUUGAUUUCACAGCUACAUGGUGCGGACCUUGCAAACUCAUGGACCCAGUUAUUCAAGAGUUUACUGCAAAAUACACAGAUGUUGAGUUCAUCAAGAUUGAUGUGGAAGAGUUAAUGGAAGUGUCUGAAGCAUUCCAGGUGCAGGCAUUGCCAACUUUCAUACUCAUUAAGAAAGGCAAAGUCGCUGAUAAAGUGACGGGGGUAAGAAAAGAUGAGCUACAAAGGAUGAUUGAAAAACACAGAAAAUAAAUGUGUGAUCAUGCACAGUAAUAAAAUCUGAAAGGCUUCGCAGCACAUUCUACCUUGACCAUUACAAAGGAACAAGAAAAUACCAAAAACUCACAAGGCAAUAAGUUGGUGUCAUCAUUUUCACCACAAACAAGAGAAAAAUAGGUGUCAUUCUUUACCAUUACAAGUUCGAUAUGUAACAAAAUGGCAUUGACCAACAACUAUCAAUAUUACUGGAUUCUU